AGGAUACAUGAUCAUGUGAGGAAUAUACCUCUGAGGUUCUCCUCGCAUUUACCUCGGUCAGUCCUCCUAGCUUCUGAUUGGUUAGUUCUAUCACGUGUCGUGUAGAAACAAGGAAGUGUUGUUGUUGUGAGCUUGUGGAUCCGUCUGGAGAACAGUUAGGCGCUGGUAUCCGCGUCCAUCCAGCUACGUGUUCCCAAUAGGAGUGACCCAACCACCACAGACACGACCCUGUGUUAGGUGGUGUUAUGUUCAGGAUUUGGUGACUUUUAGUCCCUGUAACUGUGGAUACCGCCAUUUGUGUGCACCCGGACUGUUGUCCGGUCGAGAGCAGCGGAUGAACUGAACGCUCCUAGUAGUUGGAGGUAUGAAGGAUUUCUGCAGCUUUUCCCCUUUUUCAUGAUUUUUGUGACAUUUGAACCAGACAUUUUUCUCCCUCCAUGUGUGACGAUGAGAGUGAAUCGGUUCAUGUGCUGCAGUCUGAGGAGCAGAUAGAAGAUGAGACGGAGCGCUGCAAACACGCUGCAGAGAGGAUCCAUGUAGGCAGCUGUUACACCAGUUGGGCAGUUGUGAAGAUGACCAAACCCAAAACCAAGGCUUGCCUCCACUGUCAUGGCAUGAAUGCAGCGAACCGCAAAACAUGCCAGUCGUGUUUUGCGAGCCUCUCUAUGAAAGAGAGGAUUAAGUUGAAGGAGGAGAGCUUGCGCUCUGGUGACUGGGGGGGGAAAGUGAAGGAGCACCGCAACGCAGGCAGAGUGGUGGAUUCAGCCCGUAUAUCUGUGAAGAAACUGCAUGAGCUGGACUUUAAGCCUCUGCUGUUCAUGGGGAGAGAGAGGAGAGGAGGCUGCUUAGCUGAGGUCAUCACAGGCAUCGGGCCCAUCCCAGAGGGACCUGUGAGGGAGCUCAUUAAGAGAAUGACUGCCCUCUAUGAGUACUUCCUCACAAAUUACAGUGAGCUACUUGCCACGACUACAGCUCCAUCUGAUGAAGCAGCAUCAGCACCCCCGGCCUCCUCCCAGGAGGAGACCCUCCCUGUCUUAAACGUGGAGCUCCCACCUCCCUCCUCUUCUCCUCCUACAACCCCUUCUCUCGUUUUACCUCCUCUUCCCACUCUCUGUCUCUCUACCCCUCCUACG